UUCUGUUCCAUGUGCCUUUCCUCUCUCCAAUUUCCUCACUCUACUUUUGCGUAUACGUUUCUCCACGCCGGAGACAUCACCGGAGAUCGGAUCCUGUCGCCGGAGACCCCACUGGUAACCACAUUCUGCUCUUGAAUCGCUUCGCACAUUAUACAAAAGAUAUGUAUGACAACUUAGGAGCCAACCAGGUGGGUCCAAGACCACCAACAAAUCUGCAGUCUAAUCCACUUGGAAAUGCAUUCUAUGGUGCUGGCUCAGGACUUAUAAGAGGUGGACUGGGUGCAUAUGGAGAGAGAAUCCUAGGAUCAAGCUCAGAGUAUGUGCAGAGCAAUAUAAGUAGGUACUUCUCUGAUCCACAGUACUAUUUCCAAGUCAAUGAUAGCUAUGUGAGGAACAAAUUGAAGGUUGUUUUGUUCCCUUUUCUGCACAGGGGUCAUUGGACAAGGGUAACUGAGCCUGUAGGGGGGAGGCUCUCGUACAAACCUCCAAUUUAUGAUAUUAAUGCACCAGACUUAUACAUUCCGUUCAUGGUUUUUGGUACCUAUAUCGUGCUUGCUGGCUUCUCGUUGGGUAUUCAUGGAAAGUUUAGUCCUGAAACUCUAAGUUGGCUGUUCAUGAAGGGACUAGUAGGCUGGUUUUUGCAAUUUGUCCUGCUGAAGGCAUCUUUGAUUUCACUAGGAAGUGGGGAGGCUCCUUUCUUGGACAUCGUUGCAUACGCAGGCUAUUCAUUUACAGGAAUGUGUUUGGCUGUCCUUGGGAGGAUCAUCUGGAGUUACUCGUACUACUUUCUGAUGCCAUGGACGUGUUUAUGCAUGGCGAUUUUCUUAGUGAAGACAAUGAAGAGAGUACUCUUUUCGGAGGUGAGAAGUCAUGAGUCGAGCAAGCAACAUUUUCUUUUGCUCCUCAUUGCUUUGGCUCAGUUCCCACUUUUCAUUUGGCUUGGCAAUGUUGGCGUUCAUUGGCUUUUUUAGACACCAUCUCUUUGUAACUGGGUUAGAAACGCGCUGUUAAAACUUUUGAGUUGUUGUAGUCUAUGUCUAUUUUUGUGGGACUCAUUUGGGUUGAGUUCUAAUCUUGUUUACUCGCUAAUGGUCCCCAGAUACUUGCUUGUUUUUGUUGUUGUUUGUGCAAUAGGUAGAAUUCUCAUAACCGAGGCCUACCGCAUGCUAAAGGCGCACCUUAGCUACCACAUCAACACUAGGUCCUUUUGUAUCUUGGUAAUGCUUCGAGUUACUAUUUUGCACAUGUGAAAAACUAUUACUACUUGCCAAGGAGAAGAAAGGAAAGUAUGAGACUAGCCAUUUUUAAUGUGUUCAA